AUGGCUGGCCCGGCGGGAUUAACCUACCUUUACAUCCCUCCAACCUCCCUCCUCUUCCUCGAGCUCUUCUUCUGCAGACUACACAACAUACCCUCUGGUCUGCCAACAUGGACCGAACAUAUCUGCGUGACCCGGGAUAAUCCGUAUCCGCUCCCAUGCGACCUCCCCGAAAUCCAUCGCCAAUCGCUACGAUCGCUGAUGCUGAUGCACGUCUUCGGUGCGCCGUUCUGCUCCCCCCACUUCAGUGAAAAUCCACCGAAACGGGUGCUGGAAAUCGCAUGUGGCUCGGCAAUGUGGUCAAGCGCGUGCCACGAGUAUUUUGCGAAGCGAGGACAUCCAAAUGUUUCUUUCACGGGAAUUGAUAUUAUAAGCAUCGCUCCGGAUUUACAAAAGGAAGGUGUCAAUUGGCAAUUCAAACGCCACGACCUACGGAGUCCGAAACUGCCCUUUCCAGACGGAUAUUUUGAUUUCGUGUUCAUCAAAGAUGCUGGCGUUGCUCCCACUGGUCCGGAUCUGCAAGCCGUUCCGUUGUCAGAGCCGCUCCGGGUUCUAAAAGCGGGUGGCAUCCUUGAAGUCUGGGAAUCGGAUUUUAUCUUCAGAUCUCUGCUUCCUGAUCCACCAAGUGCGCCUGGAUUGUCGCAGAGGGACCAAGAACAGGCCGACGCCACUGGGACAUACACCAUCUUCCCUGCCACACCGUUCGCAGACGCGCAAAACAAAUAUUUGCGCGACUAUAACUUGUGGACUGAAAAAGCAUUCGAACUACGCAAACUUACUCCCAUGCCGUGCGCCACAAUCAACUUGUCGUUUACGUCUGAAUCGGAAUCCUUCCAAAGCGUGGAUAGUCGUAGAAUCGCCAUUCCCCUUGGCGAAGUGAAAUGGGAACACAAGUCGAACGGGGGAAUGAGUCCACGCAAGAAUUUAACAGAAGAUCAACUAUCUUUGCGCCAUACCGCUUUGCUGAAUGUCAUUCAAAUGAUUGAAAGUAUGGAGCCGAUACUGAUGGAGGCGAGUGGAAAAGGUAGGGCUGAGUGGGACCGGUGGUGGGCGGGUAUGACGCAAGACCUGCUGCAAAAAGAUGGAGUCGCGAGCGGAGAGUGUUUGGAAGUCGGUGCCUGGUGGGGCCAGAAGCGAUGA